GCUACAAGGUCGCACUCUGCUGGGAGAGAGGGAACUGUGCGGGAACAGUGAUAGUGAAUAGAUUGUAAAGCCAUUUGGAGGCGCGGAUAAGAUAUGGAUAAAGAAGUUCUUGAAGUAGUUUUAAAGAAGUUGGACAGAGAGUCUAGGAUCGCCUCUAUCAUAGACUUCCAAUCGGUGCCAGCAUUGCCCAAAGGAGAGAAUUAUACAUCGACCAUCCUGAGGAUAACAUUGAAAGUGGUCUUGGGCAAUGGAAGGAUAGCCAAGAAGUCCUUCAUCAUGAAGCAGAUAAUCACUGAAGGGUCGGGAGGAGAAAUCAUGAAACAGUUCAAUGUAGCCAAACAAGAAAGCCACGUGUAUUCUGUGAUACAUAAAGAAAUGACCUAUCUAAUGGAAGAAUUCGAAGAUACGGAUGAGACUCUGUGGUGUAACUUCAUUCACUAUGAUCCGCGCUUAUCUUCUAUCGUUCUAGAAGAUCUAAAUGCAAGUGGUUACAGUGUGGUUCCUAGACAGAAAGGUUUGGAUUUAGACCAUGCCAUCCUCGCUCUCAGAGGUUUGGGGAAGUACCACGGAAUGGCUAAGGUUCUCGAAGAGAGAGGAAUCAUUUCCAAAGACAACUAUAAGCCUAAUGAAAUUUAUAGUAACACAAAACUUGUCAAAACGAUACCUUACGCAGCUAUUUCGAAUGUUGCUAGGGCUCUGCAGGAGAGCUGGGGACCUGAAUGGAUAGAAACUGGAAAGAAACUGAUGGUACCAUUUGAUCCAUUUGCUGAAAAGUGGUGCAAAGCUGGAAAGGUUUAUACUGAGACAAAGUUUACAGUUCUCAUUCAUGGCGAUUGUUGGUCAAACAAUAUGAUGUUCAAAUAUGACUUUCAGAAGCGACCUAUAGGAGUGAAAUUUUUGGACUACCAAAUGCCCCAAUAUAACACGCCAUGCAUGGAUGUCACCAAUUUCCUUUACCUCGGUACUCAGCCAUCAGUUCGUCGAAGCAACUACCAACUCCUGCUGAAGACUUACCACGACUCCUUGGUCAGAACUUUGGACAAGUUCGGUUUCACUGGUACCAAGCCAACUCUUGAAGAAAUUACCAAUACAAUGAACCAACUCGAGUUCGUCGGAUUAGUGAUUUUCGUCGGCUUAUAUCCGGGUCUUAUCUGUGCAUCGACAGAAGCUUUUGACAUGGAGAAGCUUUUGACAACUGAUGGUGAAGAGGGAUUCAAUGAAGAAAUAUUGAGAGAGCCUGGAAUGAUCGAAAAAUUGGGACCGGAUAUAAUUGAUUUUGUUGAGAAAUAUGUUCCAAGUAUGAAGUAAAAUUUUCUAUGCAACAAAUAUUUUAUACAUUCCUAAAAACCUACCCCCAACUAAUAAAUUAUGUUUAAG